GAGAGUCCCCUGCCCACCACUUACCCUGACGCCAGCUGCAAGUCGUCAGAAGCAGCAACACACCAAACUCACCCGAAAUCUCACUUUCGACACUUUCGAGACAGUUUUUCGCUUCCAUCUUCUCAUACUUUUCUUUUCCCUGACCAUUUUCUACACCUGAGACACCAGGCGGGGUUUCAUGGGUCUUGCGCCUCUGCCAUGGCCUCUCCAUUCGACAGAGCGCCAUCGCGGCGCCCGUCACUGCUGAAUACAUCCUCCCAUGACGGGGACAAGGAACUGGCGCAUUCGCUCAAGCAGCUGUCUCUGUCGACCUCGCCCCGGGCUUCGAGCGCUCUGUCCCCGAUGAUGCCAGCCGUAAAUCGAACUUCUCCGGCGCCAGGUCCCCGAGUUCCAUCUCGGAGCCCCUCCUUUGCGAGGGAGCUUUCCCGGUCCCGGUCCUCGACUCCGACGCUGCAGCGAUCCUCGACGCCGACGCUCCAGCGCAAGACUUCCACGAGUUCCUUGCACUCCGUGAAUGGCUCUUCAAGUCGAACGCCCAGCCGAGCGCCUUCGAGGCGAACUAGCAUGGCGCAUGCCUCUUCUCCGGUCUCCAAAUCCCCUUUGCGACCGAGUCCCCCUGAGUACAUCAAGCCUGCGCCUACUGCUAACAUGGUUGCCCGCGACUAUUUCAAGACCGAACUGGAGGUUCACCAUUCGCCAACUUCAACUCAAGCAACUGAGGCUCUCGUCAUCCUUCACGAUGCCUGCUACGGGCACCGCUUCUCCCGACCCAAGACUUCUAAAGGUGCCCUCAGCACCAUCGUUGAGCGGCCUGAGAGAAUCAAGGCCGGCGUGUUGGGGGUUGCGAUGGCCUAUGUGCGACUCGGCGAACGGCACUGCGAUGGUGCAUAUGCGCUACAUCCAAGUCUGGAUCCCUCCUCCAUCCCGACGAUUCCGUUCCGUAUCUACAAGACGGAACGGAAACUGCCCCUGACAUCGGCGGCUGUCACUAACGUCCACGGCACAAAGUGGAUGGAGGAGCUUAAAAUGAUGUGCGAAGUAGCAGAGACGAAAUUGGCGACAGGUGGGAAGGAGCUUCAACGUCCGGAAUUGAACAGGGGCUCAGACGGACCGCCUGCAAAAUUCCACGAGGGCGACCUCUAUCUUUGCGCAGAAUCGCUCGAGGCCUUUGAGGGUGCCCUGGGCGCCGUCUGCGAAGCCGUAGACCGAGUCUUCACCUCCGGUCCUCGACGGGCCUUUGUGGCUGUACGCCCACCAGGGCAUCACUGCUCAGCUUCUUACCCGUCAGGGUUUUGCUGGGUCAACAACAUUCACGUCGGAAUCAUGCAUGGCAUUCUGAACCACGGUCUGACCCAUGCGGCUAUCAUCGAUUUCGACCUCCAUCACGGAGACGGCUCCCAGGCAAUUACUUGGGCGCAUAACUCACGAGGAGUGAAUGCGGCCAAGAACACGGCAGCUUGGAAAAAGGCGUCCAUCGGCUAUUUCAGUCUGCAUGAUAUUAACUCGUAUCCCUGUGAAUGGGGUGAUGAGGAGAAGGUCAAGAACGCCAGCCUAUGUAUUGACAAUGCCCACGGUCAAAACAUCUACAACGUUCACCUGGAGUCUUAUGAUUCCGAGAAGGAGUUCUGGGACCUUUACGAAUCUAGAUACUCCGUUAUUCUGGAAAAGACGCGCAAAUACCUGAAAAUUCAGGCAGCUCGUCUCCGCGCUCUUAAUCUGCCUCCAAAGGCGGCAAUCUUUUUCUCUGCGGGAUUCGAUGCUAGUGAAUGGGAGACAAAGGGUAUGCAACGUCAUAAUGUGAACGUUCCUACGGAGUUUUACGCCCGUAUUGCUCAAGAUGUCGUGAAGCUUGCUGCGGAGCAAGGAUUGGGAGUAGAUGGGAGGGUCAUCAGCGUGCUCGAGGGCGGCUAUAGUGAUCGAGCUCUUUACUCUGGCAUUUUCAGCCAUCUGAGCGGACUUGCAGGAAAUCAGGCACCGGAAGAGCCAACCCGGGGCCGCUCUUCACUCGGCGACGAAAUGGCAGGCCAGAUUGCAGCAAACACUACUGGCGAGCCAUCCCUACACCCUUACAAACCGUCAUGGUGGUCGAGCUCCGAACUUGAUGAGCUUGAAGUUGCGAUGGGCAACAGACCAGCUAGCCCCAAGAUGAUACGACAUUCCACUCCGCCCACAUACUCAACUCCCACACAGGCCUCGAUUGGUAAGUCCAUAGAUCCUGCGAGGAUGAGGCGGAUGGCUUCCGGCUUGUCGAAUGGAAUGCCUUAUUCGCGUCCAACAACACCACCACCCCCUGAUGUGCCAUGGACCAUAGCAGCUCAGGAGCUCAGCAGGUUGCUUAUCCCGUCGGACCGCCAGGUCGACAGUUGCAAACCUGAAGACUUGAAUGCGGAGGCAACGAGGGCCCGGAGAGACCGGCAGUCGAUUCUGAACCCUGAUCUUGUGCCGCCGGCACCUGCUCCUGCGCCUGCGCCCGCUCCAGCAAGCAGGCCGACCUCGCGGAUGUCUCUGAGGGAACGCAAACCAGUGAGGCCUGGCCUGUACGUCGACGCCGACGAAGACGAUGAUAAGCAGGCAAAGAAUCGGCGGAGAACGGUCGCGGGUCCGGCGGCGCUGUCGUCAGAGAAGGCAACGGCCCGAGGCAUACCCUUUGACACAAAUGGAGCAGCGAAGCGACCCGGUCGACGCCUUAGCGGUGUGUCUGCUGUGGCUGCGAAUGUUCCGCACCCAGAUUUGGAGAGCGAUGGUGUUUCAGCCCAGCGUCCCGAGACUUCUAUGAGUGUGCGACCAGACACGGCACUGAGCUUCAGAACUCAGAGCGUUACAUCUUUGAAUGUCAAGAAGACGAGGGCUCCUGCGGUCAAGAAGGAUGCCCCGAAGACCACGAAAAUCGUGAAGAAGCCUGCCGCAACAGCGAAGCCAUCCCCUCCCCAGCAGACUCAACCAUCUCAGCCGCUUCAAAGAAAGCCGAGCCCGGCCGCCGCGUCGGAUGACGAUAUGGACAAGCUCACUGCUGGCAUGAAGAAGGUCAAGAUCAACCUGAUUACGAAGACGCAGAAAGAAGAGCGUGCCAAGGCGGCUCAAGCCGCUCAGGUCAAAACUGCCACGCCGCCCGCUACUGAAGAAGCCAAGGCAGGAUUCCCAUUCGAAGCUCAGAAAGUAUCCUCGCAAGUGGCAUCUCCGAUCGUCACUCCUCCGCAAGACGAGGCUUUCGCCACACCGCCGACGCAACCUCCUGUCUUCAAAGACCCAUCACCGCCUGCAGCCCCGGAAGGACGGCCCGAAGUCUCAACUCCGGUAACCGAGCCGAUGCCUCUCGCCGCAACCCCUGACCCGCGUUUAGUGGAGCUCCCUGCCAGCUCACCCGCCGCCAUGUCGCCGAUCGUUGCGACGCCUUCGGGCUCAGACGUGUUCAUCAACUAUCAACCGGAGGGACCACCGCCCGUCUCCGUAACGCCACAAGAACCCCUGAAGUGGAUGCCGCCCAACACUAAUACGCCGGUCAAAGCCUCUCCGUCUAAGCCAUCAUCGGCCAAGUUGUCGUCAGCUAAACCCUCACCUGUUAAGAAGUCUCCGGUAAAAAUGAUGCGAGCCGAUCUUCCUGUUUUCACCUCGACGUCUGCCAUUCCCUUUGCGCCACCAGGGAUGAACGCCCCGCCCAAGGCCAAACAAGAGCCGGUCGCGAAGAGCGAUCCGGAGGAGCCGGCGAAAUUGACUUGGGACAUCCCAGAAACCCCGCAGAGGCAAUAG